AUGGCGCAUCUAAGCCAAGAUCUGCAAGCGCAGCUCAACGAGCUAGAGAAGGAGUUAGAAGAGGGCGACAUCACCGAGAAAGGGUUCCAAAAAAGAAGGACUCAGCUUCUUUCCCAAUAUGGUCUCCCGAACAGCUUCGGGGGCCUGAAACUCCACAACCCCGACGACGAUACCCAUCCCGCAGGCGGUGAUCAUCGAGGCGCUGCUUUGGCUGCCCUGAAUGCCUCAAGCCCCGAUCAUGACGCUUCUUGGUCUCCCAGUACCAUAACAUCUCCUGUUGAUUGGCAUCCCUUGCCGUCCAGACCGUCCGCCCCAGUACAUUCACCACACGGUGCUGGUGCCGAUACUCCCGCUAGUCUACUGCGGCCGGGUGGUCCUCUAGCUGCCGAAUACCGUCCUACGAUAGAGCAGCGUGAUUCCAUAUUUCUUAACCCGACUCCAAACUACUCACAGACCAUGGUGUCUGAUCCUCCCACACGAUCAGGCACUAUGGUCUCCGGUGACUACGCAUUUAAGCCCGAAUACCAGGGGGGCUACGCUCAACCGCCCGUUCACCCUUUCGACAGCCGCACUGGGACCAUGAUGGAUUCGCAGGCGUAUUUUCAAGACUUCGCUGGACAGCAGUCGUAUGAGCAACCAUCAGCCGAGUACGGCGGUGGUGUGCACAGGUAUUCCGUAGGCGAUGCAUUUUCCCCGACGGCUGCUAUGGCGCCGCCCAUGCUCACCGCGAACGAUCUUCCUCCCGCUGAGCUUCAGCAUCUUGCGCCCUUAGAGCCGCGCGAGGUGCCGUUUGCCAUAACCGAUCCACAUGAUGAGCAUACGGCCAUGUCUUCUUUUGAUAACAUUGCUGCUGUUCUCCGACAUAGGGGACGAACCACGGCGAAGUUGCCUGCAUACUGGGUUCUUGAUAGUAAAGGCAAGGAGAUCGCGUCAAUUACCUGGGACAAGCUAGCGUCACGGGCGGAAAAAGUUGCUCAGGUCAUACGAGAUAAGAGUUCUUUAUAUCGCGGCGACCGCGUGGCUCUUGUAUUCCGCGACUCAGAGAUCAUUGAUUUUGCAAUUGCUCUCCUCGGCUGUUUCAUCGCUGGAGUUGUUGCAGUGCCUAUCAAUGACCUACAAGACUACGCAAAACUUAAUUUGAUAUUGACCUCUACGCAAGCACAUCUGGCACUUACCACCGACAACAACCUAAAAGCUUUUCAACGAGACAUAACAACUCAAAAGCUGAACUGGCCAAAGGGUGUUGAGUGGUGGAAGACCAACGAGUUCGGGAGCUAUCAUCCUAAGAAAAAGGACGACAUCCCACCCUUAACGGUCCCAGAUCUGGCUUAUAUAGAGUUUUCCAGGGCGCCUACUGGCGAUUUACGUGGUGUCGUCCUAAGCCACCGCACCAUCAUGCAUCAAAUGGCGUGUCUUAGCGCGAUUGUAUCAGCAGUGCCUAAUCAUGGCCCAGGAGACACUUUCAAUCGGGCUCUUCGAGACAAGAAUGGUCGACUCAUCGGCGGUAGCGCAAGUAGCGAGAUUCUUCUAUCCUAUCUUGACCCGAGGCAGGGUAUAGGCAUGAUUAUUGGUGUGCUCCUCAAUAUCUAUAGCGGACACACAACAGUUUGGGUUGAGAAUCGAGCUGUCAAUUCUCCUGGUCUCUAUGCUCACCUUAUCACAAAAUAUAAAGCAACGUUGAUGGUUGCAGAUUAUCCAGGUCUGAAGACCGCUGCAUUUAAUUACCAACAAGAUCCGAUGACGACUCGAAAUUUCAAAAAGGGCAUGGAACCAAAUUUCCAACAUGUCAAGCUGUGCUUGAUUGAUACAUUGACAGUCGACAGCGAGUUUCAUGAGGUUUUGGCUGAUCGAUGGCUGCGGCCGUUACGAAACCCUCACGCCAGAGAGGUCGUGGCCCCGAUGCUCUGUCUGCCUGAACACGGUGGUAUGGUGAUCAGUAUCCGUGAUUGGCUAGGCGGUGAAGAACGCAUGGGAUGUCCAUUGAAGCUGCAGCUUGGUGCGGAGACUGAACCGGACGACGAGAAGGAUGAGAAGGACGAAGAAAAGGAUAAAGACAAGUCGACACCAUCCAACGGUUUUGGCAGUUUGUUAGGGGGUGGGACAACAAGUGCCAAAGAAUCUGAUGCUAGUAAUACUAUCGGCGAAGUAUUAUUAGACCGAGAAGCGCUGAAAACAAACGACGUGCUUGUUGUCGCCAUUGGUGAAGAGGCCAGUAAAAGGGCAACAACUGAACUUGGGACGGUACGAGUGGGUGCAUUUGGCUAUCCUAUACCCGAUGCUACGUUGGCUAUCGUGGAUCCCGAAACGGGUUUAUUGGCAUCUCCGCAGACCAUAGGAGAAAUAUGGGUUGAUUCGCCAUCUUUAUCAGGAGGUUUCUGGGCGCUGCCUAAGCACACCGAGCAGAUUUUCCACGCAAGACCCUAUAAGUUUGAGCCUGGCGAACCGACUCCUACACCAGUAGAGCCUGAAUUCCUCAGGACUGGCCUUCUCGGGACAGUCAUUGAAGGCAAAAUAUUUGUCCUUGGCUUAUAUGAAGAUCGUAUCCGGCAGAAAGUAGAAUGGGUUGAACAUGGGCACGAAAUUGCUGAGCAUCGCUACUUCUUUGUGCAACAUAUAGUAGUCAGUAUCCUGCGGAACUUGAGCAAACAGGUGUUUGACUGCUCAGCAUUUGAUGUGUUUGUCAAUGACGAACAUUUACCGAUUGUUGUGCUUGAAUCAUCAGCAGCAUCUACGGCUCCGGCAACCUCAGGUGCCCCGCCUAGGCAGCUUGACACCGCGUUGUUGGAUUCGCUUUCGGAGAAAUGUAUGGACCUUCUGCUUCAAGAACACCACCUGCGUGUAUACUGCGUGAUGAUUACUGCCCCGAAUUCGCUGCCACGUGUUACCAAGAAUGGCCGGCGAGAGAUUGGCAAUAUGCUCUGCAGACGCGAAUUUGAUCUCGGAAACUUACCCUGUGUUCACGUCAAAUUUGGCGUUGAACACGCUGUGCUCAAUCUACCUAUUGGCGUGGAUCCACUAGGUGGUAUAUGGUCACAGAUUGCCUCGGGCUCCAGAGACGAAAUCCUUGGACCUGUCGAUAAACAAUACUCUGGUAUAGAUAGACGAGAGGUGGUCAUUGAUGAUCGGACGUCUACACCGUUAAAUAACUUCUCUAGCAUUUCAGACCUCAUACAAUGGCGCGUAGCACGUCAGCCCGAAGAAUUAGCUCUCUGUAGCAUUGACGGAAAGGGCAAAGAAGGAAAGGGAAUAACGUGGAAGAAGUUUGACACGAAGGUCGCUGCCGUCGCACUAUAUCUUCGCAACAAGGCCAAGAUACGACCACGCGAUCAUGUCAUGCUUAUGUACACUCAUUCCGAGGACUUUAUCUUUGCUGUCCAUGCCUGUAUCAAUCUUGGCGCCGUGGUCAUCCCCACAGCACCAAUGGAUGAGCGACGCCUAUACGAAGAUGUGCCAGCCUUCCUCCACCUCAUCAACGACUACGGCAUUAAGGCUGUCCUAGUGAACAAUGAGGUUGAUCAUCUACUCAAGUUGAAGACAGUCGCACAACAUGUUAAGCAAACGGCACAAGUUCUCAAAAUCAAUGUACCUGGCGUAUUCAAUACGUCGAAGCCCCCAAAACAAAAUAGUGGACUUCGAGACCUAGGUAUCACGAUUGACCCCUCGUGGGUUCAACCGGGUUAUCCUGUCAUCAUCUGGGCAUACUGGACACCAGAUCAGCGGAGGAUAUCAGUGCAGCUUAGCCACAACACUAUUCUUGGCAUGUGCAAAGUGCAGAAAGAAACUUGCCAGAUGACGAGCUCAAGGCCAGUCCUAGGUUGCGUCAGAAGUACGACAGGUCUCGGUUUUAUACAUUCAUGCCUCAUGGGUAUAUACAUCGGCACGCCAACAUACCUCAUGUCACCCGUCGAGUUCGCGCAGAACCCCAUCUCAUUAUUCUUGACCCUUAGUAGAUACAAGAUCAAAGACACCUACGCAACGCCCCAAAUGCUUGACCACGCAAUGAACACUAUGCCUGGGAAAGGAUUUACCAUGCACGAGCUCAAAAACAUGAUGAUUACAGCAGAAAGUAGACCCCGAGUUGACGUUUUCCAAAAAGUCAGGCUCCACUUUGCCGCCACCGGCUUAGACAGGACGGCAAUCAAUACGGUGUAUUCCCAUGUGCUGAAUCCAAUGAUCGCCUCGCGGUCAUACAUGUGCAUCGAACCCACCGAGCUUUGGCUUGACCCACGUGGCCUAAGAAGGGGCUUGGUCAUCCCCGUUGACCCUGACUCCGAACCAAAACCUCUCCUCGUUCAGGACUCAGGGAUGGUGCCGGUUUCCACGCAGAUUGCCAUCGUCAACCCAGAAAGCCGUAUGCUCUGUAGUGACGGCGAAUUCGGCGAGAUUUGGGUCGAUUCGGAGGCAUGCGUCAAAAGUUUUUAUGGGUCCAAGGAUCCUUUUGAUGCCGAACGUUUCGACGGACGCACAGUCGAUGGCGAUCCAAAUAUUCGCUAUGUCAGAACUGGCGACCUUGGCUUCUUACAUACCAUUAGUCGGCCUAUUGGGCCAGGCGGAACACAGGUGGAGAUGCAGGUACUCUUUGUGCUCGGAAACAUUGGGGAAACUUUCGAAAUCAAUGGCCUUAAUCAUUUCCCUAUGGACAUCGAGGCCUCUGUAGAGAGGUGUCAUCGAAACAUUGUACCUGGUGGCUGUGCUGUCUUCCAAGCUGGCGGUCUUGUAGUUGUUCUGGUUGAAGUCUCACGCAAACCAUACCUCGCGUCGAUUGUCCCCGUUAUCGUAAACGCAAUCUUAGGCGAACAUCAGAUCGUAGCUGAUAUUGUUGCGUUCGUGAACAAGGGUGAUUUCCCGCGCAGCCGGCUGGGAGAGAAACAACGGGGAAAGAUCUUAGCCGGCUGGGUCACACGUAAGAUGCGCACAGUUGCACAAUUUGCCAUUCGCGAUGCAGACACAAAUACUCUAGAAGCCACUGACGGCGCUGCCGACAACAAUCGUGCUAGUGUCGGUAGUAUACGAAGUAACAAUGCACCAGGUGCGGGCGCAAGCUCUUUAAGGAACAUGGAACAUGCGCCACAAAUUCUAGAGCAAGAGGAGCUUGAUCAACAUAUGGAGAAGAUGUCAGCUCUUCCACGACAAGUCGAAUCGUCAACCAGCAGCAGUCGAAAUGAUACCGCAUCUGCCGAGCACCCCAUUAGCUACCCCUCUCAAUUUGGCCGCUUUAGCGAUGAAUAUCAACAACCCAAUCUACAGCAAGGCCCCCCUCAGAUUCGACUUCCCGCUGUUGAUGGACAACAGGAGCAGGCAUCACUCGAGGAUGAAGAUUGGCAACGGGACGCAAUCAUGCAUAUGAAUCUGGCUAGUCAAGGUUAG